UGCGUGGACUACCGGUACACUACGCAGAAAGUCAGAAGCAGUCCGUCGUGAAGUAGCCCCAUCCACAGUUAGUGUACCCAUAAAGCAUUAUCAUGGAACAAUUAGAUCAAGCACAGAUUGAUGAAUUUAAAACGGCGUUUGACAUGUUCGAUGAAGAUGGUGGAGGCGAUAUCAGUGUAAAAGAACUAGGAAAAAUCAUGACGCUUCUGGGAUGGAAUCCGACAAGGAAUGAGUUGGACGAAAUUAUUUCACCUUACGACAAAGAAGGUAAAGGCGCAAUCAACUUUACUGAAUUUCUCGCUCUAAUGGUCCAAUGGAUGAAAGACGAUAAAACGAAAAAUACAGACGACGAACUCAAAGAAGCCUUUCGUGUGUUUGAUAAGGAUGGCAGCGGAUUCAUUGAAUGGGAAGAAUUGAAAUAUGUAAUGCAAGGAACAGGGGAACCAUUGACGGACGAAGAAGUAACGGCAAUGAUGCAAGAGGCAGACAAAGAUGGCGAUGGAAAAAUUGAUUAUGAAGAAUUCGUCGCUAUGAUGACAGGGGAAUCACAGCAGUUGAAUUAUUGAUCCGAGAUCUAAAAAGUUUAUCAGUUUUUAUUUGGAAUAUUUUCUACAACCAACCACCAGUGUUUGGUGUGACAAUGAAUCUCAUGUUUUGCCAAAAUGUGAUACCUUUUGCUGACGUGUCAUGACUGUCCGUAUAUUUCUCUCUAUAUUGCAUUUGUGAUUUCAAUUUUAUUCCCUAAUAGGCCUAGAUAAACAUUUCCGUCUGAAAUAUAUUCGUAUAAAGAAACUC